AUGACUGCUGCUUUUUUGGAGGUGACUUUUUCUGUAAUAUUGAUUGCUGCUGGUGUUAUUAUAGCAGCAAUGGGGGAUUUUUCUUUUGAUGUUUUUGGAUAUGGCAUGGCACUUACUUCUGUUUUCUUCCAGACGAUGUACCUGAUAUUGGUGGAGAGGUCUGGUGCGGAGGAUGGGUUUUCAUCAGUUGAGAUCAUGCUCCAUAACAGCUUUUUGUCUUUACCAUGUCUGCUAUUUCUCAUCAUAGCUACAGGAGAAUUUCCAAAUUCUUUGUCAUUACUUUUUGCUAAGGUCAGGAUCUGGAUUCCUAUGCGCCAUAUUUUUAUGCCAUUCUUGACUGUGUUCAAAAGCAGUGAGAAGUUCAUGAUUAUUCUUGACCAGAAUUAUGAUGCUAAGAACUAACAUAUGACCUCACAAUUGUAAUAAAUAACAUAUACAUACAGAAUUGUGAGAACUAACUUAUAAUCACAUAUUGGAAUAUUUGACAGGAUGGAGUCUUCUUUCAAUUGGUAUUUGUGCUGUGGCAUAUAUCAAAUUAUUCAGGCUGUGAUAAAGAAUUAUUAAAUUAUUCAGUCAGGCACGAGAUAUCAUAACAAUGCUUUUUGCUCACAUCUCCCAACUUCUAAGCCAUUUCAUGUGCAUAUCGACUUAAUACUCUGGUUUAUAGCUAUUAACUUCAUGUCAUCUAAUGGUAUAGAAGUGAAGCAGAAAAAUAGUUUGUUUUUAUGCCACAUUUGCUAUUACUGUCAGUGACAAGGAAUUCGAUCAAUGAUUUAAAUCUGCAAAUUUAAUAGUGAUUGUGUUCAUAAGGUGUGUUGUUGCUCUUGAUGUCUUACUGCACCAAAAUCUUUUUAUGCUUGAGGUUAUUUCUUGACAGAAAGACUUUGGAAAUUUGAAAAUGGACAUUGUAUAAGUUGGAAUUGCUUGGACUACAACCUUUAUCAAAACCUCUACCAGCAAGGUUUAGGAGUUUCUCUUUCCAGCCAACAAUUUUGUUUAGUAUCCUCUCUUGCAGCCUGCUCAACAUUUGUUUUUUUGGAUCUUCCCCAUUCAGUUCGUAAGCCAAGGUAUUUCCCCACCUUUUGUAGCAAAGAAACUCUCAAGUACUGUGCUAAAUCAUGUUGAAUUUGAAGAGGAGUAUUUGUGCUAAAAGUCACUUCUGACUUGUUGAGAUUAACAAGCUGCCCUGUAGCAUAGCCGUAUAUAUUGGACUCUGCUUACAGGGUAGAAAAACCAAGAAUCAUUAGCAAACAGGAGGUAAGAAAGAUUAGGAGCAUCCCUAUUCAGCUUGAGCCCUUGUAAUGAUCCAUCGUUAAAGGAUGCUAGGCAUUCAGUUACCAGGAUGAACAGCUAUGGGAAAUUAGAUCCCCUUGUCUAAAUCUUCUGGAUGGGUGAAUUCUAACUGCCCUGUCACCAUUGAUAAUUAUGUUAUACCUAAUUGUGUUGACACAUUGCAUAACUAGAGCUACCCACUUAGGGUCAAAACCAAUCUUUGACAGCAAAUCACUCCAAAAAUCCCACUCAACCCUGUCAUAGGCAUUUGACAUGUCCGACUUGACUGCCAUAUGGUAUUUUAUGGUUCCUCUUCUUUGCCUCAUGGAGUGCAGGGCCUCCUGGGCUAUAAUUAUGUAAUUUGGUAUUAGUCUUCAUCCAGCAAAGGCGCUCUAGUUUUGUGAACCCACCUGGGGCAUGA